AUCGUGUGAACGACUUAUUUCAUUGCAAAAAGAUGAUUUCUUUUAUGACACCUCAUGAUGAUAAUAUAUAGUUUGCCAGACAAACUUGACAAGUGUAAACUACAACAUGGUUGUCUCACAUAUUUCCCCUUUACAUUAGGUAUAUAAACUCAUUUGCAUAUUGGUAAUCUUGGAGGUGACUGAGAUACAAACAAAAUGGACCAGGUACCACAUGCAUAAUGCCAUAUAUUAUCAUGAAUAAUAUGUUAUUAUAUGUAUAUGUUCAAUAAACUUUGUCCUAGUAUAUCGUUCAUUGAUUAUCGCACUAUUAUGUUGUUGUCUUUGCUCACUUCUGGUAGACUGCACCGUUUCCUUGUUACUUGCUAUCUUUUCUACACGGUCUCUUUUUUCUUUAGGUCUUCCGCAAACAAACUCUCGUGGAGGUAGUUGGUAAGGAUUGUUGGAGCAUUUCUAAGUUUAUUCAAGUUUCAGCUGAAAGGGUGUUUUUGAAGAUGUAUUUGGUGGAGAGUAAAGCAGGGGCUAUAGUUUGUAUGCUAUUUUCUUUGUUAUUCUUAGGGACAUGGCCUGCUUUGCUUACCUUAUUAGAAAGACGAGGUCGUCUUCCUCAACAUACUUAUCUUGACUAUACCAUCACCAAUCUUGUCGCUGCUACGCUCAUUGCUUUUACUGUUGGUGAGAUUGGAACGAAUUCAAUGAAACAGCCAAAUUUUUUAACUCAGCUUUCUCAGGUGCAGGACAAUUGGCCUAGCGUCUUGUUCGCGAUUGCUGGAGGUGUGGUCCUCAGUCUUGGAAACCUUUCAACUCAAUAUGCAUGGGCUUUCGUUGGCUUAUCAGUCACCGAGGUCAUCACUGCAAGUAUUACGGUUGUUAUAGGAACGACGUUGAAUUAUUACCUUGAUGACAGAAUUAACAAAGCCGAGAUUCUUUUUCCUGGCGUUGGAUGUUUCUUGAUUGCUGUUUGUCUAGGCUCUGCUGUUCAUGCAUCCAAUGCAGCUGACAACAAAGAAAAACUUGAGUAUUUUUCAAAUGACUCUAACAAUGGGGUCGGGAGAAAAGAUGUUACUGAUUCUAAACGAACAAAUACAAAUACAGUCGAUAUGAAUGACUUGGAGAAUGGUGAGGAAAAGGCAAAGGCCGGAACUGCGCUGUUCCUUAUAGAAGUUGAGAACAAAAGGGCAAUGAAGGUUUUUGGGAAGAGUACUUACAUUGGUCUAGCUAUUACCUUCUUUGGUGGAGCUUGUCUUUCUCUGUUUUCCCCUGCAUUCAACCUGUCUACAAAUGAUCAGUUGCAUACUCUAAAAGAUGGAGUUCCUCACUUGAGUGUAUACGCCGCGUUUUUCUACUUCUCAGUUUCCAGUUCAUUACUGGCAAUGAUUCUCAACUUCACGUUCUUGUACCGCCCUGUGCUAAAUGCACCUAAAUCAUCGUUGAUGUGUUACGUGAACGAUUGGGAUGGCAGAGGUUGGGGUUUUUUGGCUGGACUUUUGAGUGGCUUUGGAAAUGGUCUUCAAUUUAUGGGAGGUCAAGCUGCUGGAUAUGCAGCAGCAGAUGCUGUUCAGGCACUGCCUCUCGUGAGCACAUUUUGGGGUGUACUAUUGUUUGGAGAGUAUCGAAGAUCAUCAGGAAGAACGUAUACGCUUCUUGCAGGAAUGUUGUUCAUGUUCAUAGCAGCUGUUGCUAUCCUCAUGGCAUCUGCAGGGGAACGCAAAUAAAAUUGAUGUUUAUGUAUGUAGAUAUCAAUCAACAUCUAUAAAUAGUUUAGUGUUGAAACCUUUUUUUACAUCAACCAAAAAAUAAUUAUCAUAUUGAAAAGUUGCUAUGGUAUGUAACUGACACUCUUACUAGCAAUUUAAACAUAUUAUAGCGUU